CGGCGAAAUUAAAUUCCUGACGUAGAAGUUGUCGUUUAGUCUUCUGUCCUCAGUUGGCCAAACAACUUGACCCUUGAAACUUAUUACAGAUAUUAAGAUGGAUAAGCAUUGGGUUGAGGAUGUAUUCCCUCCAUAUUAUACAUACUCAACAGAAGAGAUCCAUGCAAAGUAUGAGAAACAAUCACCUCCCACAAGUAAAGUCAAAGCCCUGUAUGAGAAAGUUAGACAAGAGAUUGCUAAAGAGGAAAAUGACUUGCAACAAAAAGCUGUUCAAGCAGGAGACACUCUUGCUGAGUACUUUGAAAAGGAAGAUUCUAAGCUUGUGGAAUUGGAAAAGUCAUGUUUGUGGUCACAUAAAGAGCUUGAAACCUUGCGAGAAGCUUUUAAAAGUGCAAAAUGUGAUAAUUUUAAACUAGCUGGUAAGUGGAGUGUUGCCAGCAAACAAGUAAAAGAACUGGAUUCAAAAUGCAAGAAACAAGCCCAUAUCAUUGAGUCAACAAGUAAAAAACUACAUGCAAGUGAACAAGAGUGCAAAAGACUUGCCAUACAUCAAAAACAACUGCAGCGUGAGGUGACAACUAGAGUUGGGGAAGUCAAGAUGCUAAGAGGCGAAAUUGCUGAGUUAAAACAAGAGAGAUUGAAGAUGAGGAAAAAAAUUAAAGAGAUGAGAAAAGUGUUAACUGAGGAAAAAAUGAACAGACAAGAUGCACAAAUUGAGCUUGAAGAAAAGGGGAAGAACUAUGAACUACAGCGUAUUGUUAGAGAGGACGGUAUUAGAUUAGAAUAUCAAGCGGAAAUUAAUCGACUCUAUGAAGAGAUCAAUAAUUUAACCCUUGAAUUGGAGAAGGAGAGAUUAUCUCAUACGAUUGACAAUAAAGGUCUGGAUCAUCUUAGAAAUCACUUUGCAAGCCUUUCAGUACAACAUUCCAGUAAGAAAGAUGAAUUACGAGUGCUUGACACCACACCAUUUUAGUGGUAAAAUAAUUCAUCAUAAAAUAACAUGUAGCCAAUCUGAAAAAUAACUUUUUAAGAUAUAUAUAUCAAAUGAAAGGCAUUGUUAUGUACAAUUCAAUUCUGUAAU